AUGUACUAAAUUUAUUUGACUUUUCUAAGAGACAUUGAUGUUGAAUUGAAAAAAACACUUGAAUCAUCAACAUAAGUGGUCAAUGAUCACAUUCUACAAAGAACAUGUAAAUAAUAAGACUUAGAAUUUGUUACUAAAGUAAGUCUAUUCAAAUCCAUUAGAAAUUAGAAGAUUUCAAAUUUCAGGUUGACAAGUAUGGAAUUUAGGCCAUUGAAAAAUUUAGAGAAAAUUUAAAAGCUAAUAUUGAGGGUCCAAUAUAAGCAUAGACACAUUUUAUUGCAAUGAAAAAUUAGAGACAAAAAAGCAAAUCUUAUAAGGUUGACGACUUAGAAAGAGUAAUUGAUAACAGGAUUCAAGUAAUCUAGUAAUCUAAUUAAGGAAGCAAGUGAAAAAUAGAAACAACAAUUAAUUCAUUAUUUGGACACAUUUGAAGAAGAAUUCAAAUUUCAAAAUUAAGAAAUGGCUAAUGAAUAUUAAUAAAUAGAAAAGGAAUUAGAGGAGUUAGAACUAAAGGAUUGA